CCAAUAAAAAUGGCAGUACCGGGGCGACCUGAGAGCCGAGCUGCAAAAGGAGCUGAAGUUCUCCAUAAAUUUAAGGAACGUCAGGUUUUUGCUCAGAGGCUUUUAGAAGAGGCCAAUAGGUUAAGAUCUGAAGCGAAAAUACUUGGAAUGCAAAGAAUAGAGAAACAAAUAAAAGCAGAAAUGGAAAUGUUGGAAAAAUUGAUAACUGGUUCUCAGAUUAUUAAAGACCAUCACAUAAAAAGUACUAACCUUCUCCAUCUUGAAGGAGUCAUUCACAUAAUUAAAAACACUCACUUUAUGUUGUCGAAGAGUAAAGGAUCUCUUACGGCAGUCGAAAGGUUUUUUAAAUUUACCGACAGCACUGGUAUUGUUCAGAAUACAAUGGUGGAUGUAGUUUGUAAUGGCGGCGCUAGUUGGAUAAAAAUAUUCGCAAGGAGAAGGCAAGCGCUGCACAAGAAAUGGUUAGGCGAUUGUAAUUUUGGCGAGAAAUCUGUGUCUGAUUUUGCUGAGGAUUAUAUCAAUGCCAGUGAACAGAAUCACUAUAAUUUUAGUCCUCCGUCCAUUUACUUUGUAUUCUUUGAUGGAAUUACUGAUAGUAUCUCUGCAAGUUUAAAGAAGAUGAAUAUUACUGUAGUAGGCCCAACGUAUCCUGAUGAUAGCAUUGAAGAGGCUCCUUCUCCUCUACAAAUAGCAGCAAUGCUGGGGAGCAUGUCUUCAGAACAACCUCUGACAGUACCUCUAGCAAUGGAGUCCAAGUGUUCUCUCAUUAAUAUGGACGUGUCUUCAAUGCUAGCUUGGGUAUCUUCCAUCACUCAUUCUGAUUCCACUGUCAUACAUUAUCAUGACAGUGUUUUGGCUGAGCAGGCAAGACAGGAAAGGAAAGAUCCGUUGUGGCCUAUGCUACAAAAAGCUACAGAAGGUAAAUCUUUAUUGGCUUGUAAAACAGCGAUAGAUGAUUUUAAAUCAAUUCUAUCUGUUGUGGCUGGCCUGAGUGAGAAAGAAAGAGCAAAGGAAUUGUUAUCAACGAUUAAUGUUGUCCCUGAUCAACCCUCAGAGAGAGCUCGAAAUCUCCAUAACAGUGGAAGAAUCAAAGAACGAGCCAAG